AGCGCUGUGAAUUUCAUCAUGAAAUGCCCGGCAAUUAUUGCCCCUCUCAUAUUGUGACUCCACUUUGAUUUUCUUUAGGAAAACAUGACGCUUCACUUUUUGCUUCUGACCUGCCUUUUCCUGCUAAUCUCUGAUUCCUGUGAGUUCUUCGCUGAAGCAAAUUAUUCUAGAAGCUAUCCUUGCGAUGAGACAAAACAAAAUGGCUCCGUUAUUGCAGAAUGUAACAAUCGUCAAUUACACGAGGUACCCCAAACAGUGGACAAAAGUGUGACAGAACUAGACCUGUCUGGUAAUUUCAUCAGACGCAUAACAAAUGAAUCAUUUCAAGGGCUGCAAAAUCUGACUAAGAUCGACCUAAAUCAUAACGUCAAGCUGUGGCCCCAGAAUGAAAAUCCUGCUGUAGAAAACGGUAUGACUAUUACAGACGGGGCAUUUCUCAACCUAAAAAACCUAAGGGAGUUACUGCUUGAAGACAACCAGUUACAAGAAAUACCGGUGGGUUUGCCAAAAUCUUUGAAAGAACUUAGUCUAAUUCAAAACAGAAUAACUGUGUUAACGAAAAAGAACACUUCUGGACUUAGGAAUCUGGAAAGUCUCUAUUUGGGCUGGAACUGUUACUUUGCUUGUAAUGAAACCUUUGCCGUAGAAGAUGGAACAUUUGAAAACCUUACCAAGUUGAAGGUGCUGUCGUUAUCUUUUAAUCCCCUUUUCCACGUGCCACCCAAACUGCCAAGCUCCCUAACAGAGCUCUAUCUAAGCAACACCAAGAUCAAAAACAUCAGUCAAGAAGACUUCAAGGGACUGAGAAAUUUAAAAGUACUAGAUUUAAGUGGGAACUGCCCGAGAUGUUUUAACGCGCCAUUUCCCUGCAUACCUUGCAAAGGAGGUGCUUCAAUUCAGAUACAUCCUCUUGCUUUUCAAACCCUGACCCAACUUCGCUACCUAAACCUCUCUAGCACUUCGCUCCGGAAGGUUCCUGCAACCUGGUUUGACAACAUGCGUCAUCUGAAGGUGCUGCAUCUCGAAUUCAACUAUUUAAUGGACGAAAUAGCCUCUGGGGAAUUUUUGGCAAAACUGCCCUCCUUAGAAAUACUUGACUUAUCUUACAACUACGAGCUGAAAAAAUAUCCACAGUACAUUAAUAUUUCUCAAAAAUUUUCGAAGCUUACGUCUCUCCAGAUACUGCAUUUAAGAGGUUAUGUGUUCCAGGAACUUAGAAACGAAGAUUUCCAGCCCCUGAGGAACCUCUCAAAUUUAAUGGCUAUCAACUUGGGCGUUAAUUUUAUUAAGCAAAUUGAUUUUACCGUUUUCCAGUCGUUCUCCAACCUGAAAAUCAUUUACUUGUCCGAAAACAGAAUAUCACCCUUGGUCAGUGAUACCGAGCAACAAGCUGCAAACGGCCCCUCUUUCCAAAGGCAUACCCUUAAGCCACGCUCAGCAGAUACUGAGUUUGACCCACAUUCGAAUUUUUAUCAUGACACCAAUCCUUUGAUAAAGCCACAAUGUUCCAGUUACGGCAAAGCCUUAGAUUUAAGCUUGAACAGUAUUUUCUUCAUUGGGAUAAAGCAAUUUGAAGGUUUUAGGAACAUUUCCUGUUUAAAUCUGUCUUCAAAUGGCAACGGUCAAGCGUUAAAUGGAACUGAAUUUUCACUUUUGCGUGGUAUCAAGUAUUUGGACUUGACGAACAACAGACUGGACUUUGAUGAUGACGCUGCUUUCAGCGAGUUGCCCUCGUUGGAGGUUCUAGAUCUGAGCUACAAUGCCCACUACUUCCGCAUAGCAGGGGUAACACACCGUCUGGGAUUUAUUCAAAAUUUAACUCAGCUGAAAGUUUUAAACUUGAGCUACAAUAGUAUUUUUACUUUAACAGAACCAUACCUGAAAAGCAUGUCCCUGGAGGAAUUAGUUUUCAGUGGAAACCGCCUUGACCUUUUGUGGAAUGGUCAAGAUGUCAGGUACUGGCAAAUUUUUAAAUAUCUCAGCAAUCUGACGCGGCUUCAUUUAGCCUCUAAUAACCUUCAGCGUAUCCCCGAUGAAGCCUUCCUUAACUUGCCCCAGGGUCUCACCGAACUAUAUAUAAAUGAUAAUAGGUUAAAUUUCUUUAACUGGUCAUUACUACAGCAGUUUCCUCAUCUCUGCUUGCUUGACUUAAGUGGGAACCAGCUGUUCUUUGUAACUGACAGCCUAUCGAAAUUCACAUCUUCUCUUGAGACACUGCUCCUGGGUCAAAACAGGAUUUCCCACCUGCCAUCCGGCUUUCUUUCCGAAGCCAGCAGUCUGACACACCUCGAUUUAAGUGCCAACCAGCUCAAGAUGAUCAACAAAUCCACGUUUGAAACUAAGACCGCCACCAAGUUAGCCAUUUUGGAGCUAGGUAGAAACCCUUUUGACUGUACCUGUGACAUCGGAGAUCUUCGAGAAUGGAUGGAUGGGAAUCUGAACGUCACAAUUCCCAGAUUGACAGAUGUCAUUUGCGCCAGUCCUGGGGAUCAACAAGGCAAGAGUAUUGUGAGUCUAGAGCUCACAACUUGUGUUUCAGAUACGAUUGCGGCAAUAUUCUGUUUCUUCACCUUUUUUGUCACCAUCUCAGUUAUGCUGGCUGCCCUGGCUCAUCAUUGGUUUUACUGGGAUGCUUGGUUUCUCUAUCAUGUGUGCUUAGCUAAGGUAAAAGGCUACAGGUCUCUUUCCACAUCCCAGACUUUCUACGAUGCUUACGUUUCUUAUGACACCAAAGAUGCCUCUGUCACGGACUGGGUGAUCAACGAGCUGCGCUUCCACCUGGAAGAGAGUGAGGACAAAAAUGUGCUCCUCUGUUUAGAGGAAAGGGAUUGGGACCCGGGACUCGCCAUCAUCGACAACCUCAUGCAGAGCAUCAACCAAAGCAGGAAAACAAUAUUUGUUCUAACCAAAACGUAUGCCAAAAACUGGAACUUUAAAACAGCUUUCUACUUGGCCUUGCAGAGGCUAAUAGAUGAGAAUAUGGAUGUGAUUGUCUUUAUUCUGCUGGAGCCAGUGUUGCAACAUUCUCAGUAUUUGAGGCUGCGGCAGAGGAUCUGCAAGAGCUCCAUCCUCCAGUGGCCUGACAACCCCAAGGCGGAAGGCUUGUUUUGGCAGAGUCUGAAAAAUGUCGUCUUAACUGCAAAUGAUUCACGGUAUAACAAUUUGUAUGUCAAUUCCAUUAAGCAGUACUAACUGAUGUUAAGUCCGGGUUCACCAACAUACUAAGAAGGCA